GCUAACGACUUCUUCGUAGUGCCUCUCCGCAACAAUAAGUCCGUAGUGAUGUGCCAAAACUACACGUUUUCGUACCACGGCUCUACCGGCCGCCUGCUGAUUUGUUCACGGCGCGCUAGAGGGCGCUGUCAGGCGCGAGUCAAGUUCAACGCGAAGGGGGAAGUGGUAUACGCCAACCAUGAGCAUAACCAUCCACCGCCGCAGCUGCAUAGGACUUCUGAUGGGCAAUAUAAAACCCUCGAAUAUCUGACACUAAACAGUGGACGGCAGAUCAUCAUGUACCAAGGCUUCACCUUCUGCUACCACCAGCGCGGCACCAGCCUCGUAAUUCUAACUAUCUUGAACUCAUUAACAAUUAUUUCAGACACCCUCGAAUAUCCAACACUAAACAGUGGCCGGCAGAUCAUCAUGUACGAAGGCUUCACCUUCUGCUACCACCAGCGCGGCACCAGCCUCGUAAUUCUAACUAUCUUGAACUCAUUAACAAUCAUUUCAGACACCCUCGAAUAUCUGACACUAAACAGUGGCCGGCAGAUCAUCAUGUACCAAGGCUUCACCUUCUGCUACCACCAGCGCGGCACCAACCGUCUCCAGUGCUCCAAAAAAAUAACGAACCGCUGCGAAGCUAGGCUCAAGCUAGACGACCAUGGCGUCAUCACCUUCGCCGAUACGAGACAUAAUCACCCUCCACCUAUUUAUAUGAAGUCUGACUGCGGGACGUAUGGACGUGUACGCAUACGUCGGAAGUAAGUUGGAGUAAGUAUAACGUGUUAUGCGUUGAUGAUUGAAAUAAUGUUACGCAAAUU